UUCCCUCCUUUUGUUGGGCCCCCCUACUCUGGAAACCACAGCAAACUCAACUGCGCUCAUUAUUAAAUCUUUGCCAACCAGCAACUUCCUCAUUCUCAUUCCCUUCUUACUCCCUCCCUCCCUCCCUCUCGCACCCAAAUCGCAAACCCAUCCCUCACUUCCCUUUUCUUCUCCUUCUUUUUCUUUUGGGUUCUGUAACGCGCAUGGCUCAGUCCUUAGACGACGCCGAGUUUUGGCUACCGCCGAAGUUUCUCACCGACGACGACGUGCUUAUGGAUAAGGAUGGCUUCGACAAGAACGGUGGUGGUGGUGGAACAACUGGUUUUGGGCAUUCUCAUGAUGGAUUUCCCUCUGAGUUCCCCUACGAGUUCGACUCGUUUAGUUCUAACUCGGCCCUUAGUUCGCCUGUUGAAUCCGUGGUGGGUUCGAUGGAGGCCGAGAGCAGCGACGAGGAAGAGUUUCUGUUCGGGUUGACUCGUCGGCUUGCUCAGUCCACGCUUCAUGACUCGCAGAAACUCGCCGUGACGAGUUUCCCUCAAGACAAACAUGAGAUGGUGUUGUCCGGGUCACCUCAGUCGACUCUGAGUGGAAUCGGAAGCUGGUGUGCUAGGAGUACUAUUUCAAGCGAUGGAAGUCCAAACGGUCCUUCCCAGGUACCGUCUCCUCCAACGACGCCGUUUGGAGCAAGGAAUGACACUUGGGACCUGAUUUACGAAGCGGCUGGGCAGGUCGCUAGGUUGAAGAUGACUGACGAAGAAACGAAGUUCAGUAACCGUGGAAAAGGGCUGCUCGGUCCCCAUGGUAGUCCAAAUCCUUCGGUUCCUUGUGUUAGAAACCCCAACAGUGGGCUCUACAAGAACAACAACCAGGGUUUUAGUCAGAAUCUUGCAAGGCUUCAGCAAGUAAGACCAGACCAGGCGCUCAAGUCACAGUGCUCUGCCGCUUGGGUAAGAGAGGUUAAGAACGGCUGGGCUCACAACCACAACCACAACCACCAUAACCAAAAUCAGCAACAGAUCCGGAACAGGGGAAGGAAUAUUGGGCAUGAGCGUGCUAUGAAUUUGCCUCACUCUGUUUGGAGGCCUCAGCAAAUCCAACAGCCACAGCACACUGAUACUGCCAUGCGAGCAGUUUUGCUUGGUGGAUCUGGCGUUAAGAGGGAAUGUUCUGGAACUGGGGUUUUCUUGCCUCGCAAAUAUGGCAAUCCUCCAGAGUCUCGCAAGAAGACAGGUUGUACGACUGUUCUGCUUCCAGCGAAGGUCGUUCAGGCUCUGAACUUGAACGUUGAAGCUGUGAAUCACGGUCAGGCUCAGCCCCGUUUCGGUACCGGUUUUUCGCCAGAUCAUGAGGUUUUAAUGGCUAGAAGAAAUGCCCUUUUGGCACAGCAAAGGAGGAGUUUAAGGCCAGAAGGGACUCUGAAUCAUGAAGUUCGUCUUCCUCAGGAGUGGACGUAUUGACUGAUCCAAAGUAUAAACCCGUAUUAAUUACUUAUAGGGUAUAUGGUAUUGUUUAUUAUUAUUAUUUUUUAAAAUCUUUUCUUAGGGUAAUGAAAUUCAAGAAUGCGAGUGUAGUUUAGGAGCAAUAAGAAAAUCCAGGUAUUUUUUUGAAGGAUGUUGCAAGCCACGACCUCUAUGGUUUAUAGGAGGUGUUUUAGAUUGAAGAAGAAAGAAUAGUAGUAAUAGGAAAUGGUGGUUUUUUUUUUUUUUUUUUUUGUCAUGUAAUAAUUGGCAAAAUUUUCAUUCAAUGUUUGAUGGGAAAAAGGGUGGGAAAUAUUAGUUUUUUUUGGCAACAUGGUUAACUGGUAAUUUGGGUUGUAAAAGGGGGUAUUGAAAGGCUCUUCGCUGUAAUUUCCCUUCUUGGAGGUAAAAAUUUCUAAUAAGAAAGAAGUAUUGAGAUUCAUUCUA